AUGUGGGGGGACAAAAAGGACAACACGGCUCAAGUGGACUGCCUAGCCAUUGCAGAUGACAUAGCAAUAGUAAGUGAGACGGAAGAAGACGCAAAGACAGAACUUGACAGCUUAAGUCACUUUCAAGGAGGGAAAAAGCUGCGGCCGGGGAAAAGACCACGGCCGGGGAAAAGACCACGGCCGGGGAAAAGACCACGGCCGGGGAAAAGACCACGGCCGGGGAAAAGACCACGGCCGGGGAAAAGACCACGGCCGGGGAAAAGACCACGGCCGGGGAAAAGACCACGGCCGGGGAAAAGACCACGGCCGGGGAAAAGACCACGGCCGGGGAAAAGACCACGGCCGGGGAAAAGACCACGGCCGGGGAAAAGACCACGGCCGGGGAAAAGACCACGGCCGGGGAAAAGACCACGGCCGGGGAAAAGACCACGGCCGGGGAAAAGACCACGGCCGGGGAAAAGACCACGGCCGGGGAAAAGACCACGGCCGGGGAAAAGACCACGGCCGGGGAAAAGACCACCGGCCGGGGAAAAGACCACGGCCGGGGAAAAGACCACGGCCGGGGAAAAGACCACGGCCGGGGAAAAGACCACGGCCGGGGAAGAGACCACGGCCGGGGAAGAGACCACGGCCGGGGAAAGACCACGGCCGGGGAAAGACCACGGCCGGGGAAAGACCACGGCCGGGGAAAAGACCACGGCCGGGGAAAAGACCACGGCCGGGGAAAAGACCACGGCCGGGGAAAAGACCACGGCCGGGGAAAAGACCACGGCCGGGGAAAAGACCACGGCCGGGGAAAAGACCACGGCCGGGGAAAAGACCACGGCCGGGGAAAAGACCACGGCCGGGGAAAAGACCACGGCCGGGGAAAAGACCACGGCCGGGGAAAAGACCACGGCCGGGGAAAAGACCACGGCCGGGGAAAAGACCACGGCCGGGGAAAAGACCACGGCCGGGGAAAAGACCACGGCCGGGGAAAAGACCACGGCCGGGGAAAAGACCACGGCCGGGGAAAAGACCACGGCCGGGGAAAAGACCACGGCCGGGGAAAAGACCACGGCCGGGGAAAAGACCACGGCCGGGGAAAAGACCACGGCCGGGGAAAAGACCACGGCCGGGGAAAAGACCACGGCCGGGGAAAAGACCACGGCCGGGGAAAAGACCACGGCCGGGGAAAAGACCACGGCCGGGGAAAGACCACGGCCGGGGAAAGACCACGGCCGGGGAAAGACCACGGCCGGGGAAAAGACCACGGCCGGGGAAAAGACCACGGCCGGGGAAAAGACCACGGCCGGGGAAAAGACCACGGCCGGGGAAAAGACCACGGCCGGGGAAAAGACCACGGCCGGGGAAAAGACCACGGCCGGGGAAAAGACCACGGCCGGGGAAAAGACCACGGCCGGGGAAAAGACCACGGCCGGGGAAAAGACCACGGCCGGGGAAAAGACUACGGCCGGGGAAAAGACUACGGCCGGGGAAAAGACUACGGCCGGGGAAAAGACUACGGCCGGGGAAAAGACUACGGCCGGGGAAAAGACUACGGCCGGGGAAAAGACUACGGCCGAAAAAGCCCCGCCCUGGAGGCCAGUGCCACCUGGAAGUUUCAAGGUCGCGGCCGCUGCGCCCGCCGCGCCGGCCUCUUCGCGCUACGCCGUCCCCCUCUUCCGUUGCAGACUCGGCGUGCCGCUGGGGGGUGGUGGCGAAUGUCAACAAGCGACUGCUGUGGCGGCGGCAGGCCAUAACGGUGCGAGCCGGCCGCAGGUGGCUCACUUGGCGCAAAGACGCGGCCGCGAACGAACCACGCACUCUCCGCCACCGCCACUGCUGCUCUCCGUCGUCACGGGAUGGCGACCCAGCUGA